UCUCUCUCUCUCUCUCGUUUCUCUACAGCUCUUGAAAAUGCGAGUCCAAAUGAGUUCCUUGGUUUUCUGGGUCGGCCUAGUUCUUCUUGCCCGGUACGUAGCAGGCAAUGAAGGGUCGCAAGUGCAGCCUGAGACGGUGAAGCUGGACACCGGAGGUCUGAGCAGGGAGAGUUUUCCAAAGGGUUUCGUGUUCGGAACAGCCACGUCCGCUUAUCAAGUCGAAGGCAUGGCCAGUGGUGACGGUCGUGGCCCCAGCAUUUGGGACGUCUUCGUUAAAAUUCCCGGGAUUGUUGCCAAGAAUGCCACGGGUGAAGUGUCAGUGGACCAAUAUCAUCGCUACAAGGAAGAUGUGGAUCUUAUGGCAAACCUGAAUUUUGAUGCGUACAGGUUUUCAAUCUCAUGGUCCAGGAUUUUCCCUGAUGGGACUGGGAAAGUAAAUUGGAAGGGAGUUGCAUACUACAACAGGUUGAUCGACUCCUUGCUACAAAGAGGCAUUACUCCUUAUGCUAAUCUAUAUCACUAUGAUCUUCCUGAGGCACUUGAGAAGAGAUAUAAUGGAUUGUUGAGUUACCAAGUAGUAAAAGAUUUUGCUGAUUUUGCGGACUUCUGUUUCAAGACCUUUGGAGACAGGGUGAAGAACUGGAUGACAUUCAAUGAACCGAGAGUAGUUGCUGCUCUUGGGUAUGAUAAUGGGUUCUUUGCUCCUGGAAGGUGCUCCAAAGCAUAUGGGAAUUGUACAGCAGGCAAUUCUGGAACCGAGCCUUACAUUGUUGCCCAUCAUUUGAUUUUAGCCCAUGGAGCUGCAGUGCAGAGAUACCGUUUAAAGUACCAACCAAAACAGAAGGGAAGGAUUGGAAUUCUCCUGGAUUUUGUAUGGUACGAACCUCUUACCAGGUCGAAGGCUGACAAUUAUGCGGCUCAAAGAGCAAGAGACUUUCAUGUAGGAUGGUUUAUCCACCCCAUCGUGUAUGGAGAGUACCCAAGGACAAUGCAGGAGAUUGUUGGGAAUAGGCUACCCAAGUUCACAAAAGAAGAGGUUAAGAUGGUGAAGGGAUCAAUAGAUUUUGUGGGCAUUAACCAGUACACCGCUUACUAUAUGUAUGAUCCACAUCAGUCUAAACCAAAAGUUUUAGGUUAUCAGCAAGAUUGGAAUGCUGGAUUUGCUUAUGCGAAAAGGGGAGUGCCAAUUGGUCCAAGAGCGAAUUCUAAUUGGCUCUACAAUGUACCUUGGGGGUUGUAUAAGGCUCUGAUGUACAUAAAAGAGCGUUAUGGGAAUCCUACUGUGAUUUUGUCUGAAAAUGGGAUGGAUGAUCCGGGAAAUGUGACCCUUUCCCAGGGAUUGCACGACACUACAAGGAUCAACUACUACAAGGCUUACUUAACUCAGCUGAGAAAGGCUGUUGACGGUGGGGCAAACGUAGUUGGCUACUUUGCAUGGUCAUUGCUGGACAAUUUUGAAUGGAGACUAGGCUACACUUCGAGGUUUGGCAUUGUCUACGUUGAUUUCUCGAACCUAAAGAGGUACCCUAAGAUGUCAGCCUAUUGGUUCAAGCAGCUUCUUACUCGGAAAAAGCAUUAAGCAGCCAGACUCUGUUUGAUCAUGUUUUAGUUAGUAGAGAAAGUGUUCAUGCAAGAAAUCAACUAUGGGGAGGCUAGCUCCUAUGCUUUAGUUUCGGUUCCUCCUACUGUACUUUGUCACCACCUGGCUUACGUAAUAAAAGCAUAAAUUGUGCCCAA